AGACUUGAAGUGAGAUAGUAACGCAGCUGUCGCACGAUACUACACAAAUCCAUUGUCUUUCUUCCUUCCCUUUUGGCCAGCAAAUUAGCGUUUGCACCUGUCAGAUCCCUCUCUCUCUCCCCUUUAAUAAAUAAAUUUAUUUUCCUUUCAUAUAUAUUUUUGUUGUAAUCAACCAUUCCAACUCCUCUGUUCCAAACAACUAUCAAAUAAUAACCAUAAUACAUCAUCAUAAACCAUACCCACCUCUUCAAAUUCAAUGAUUCCUCUGCUGCGAAAAAAGAGAGGCUGAAUAGUGGGGGGUGUAGUAGGCACACUAACACACAUAUAUAGUACAAAGCAGAAGAUUUUGAUGGGAUUUUGGCAGAGGAAAAGAGAAGAGAGAGCUUAAAUGAGUGAGACAGCAAGUCUUCAUGCACAAACGAGGACACCCAUUUCUUCUUUGGAUGCCAUGCCUCAUCACCACCCACAUUAUCGAUCACAGUUCGGAGACACCACAUUCACCAAAUUGUUUGUUGGAGGACUAGCCUGGGAAACUCCCACCGAAGAAAUGCGCAAAUAUUUCCAACAGUUCGGAGACAUUCUUGAAGCUGUCAUAAUCACUGACAAGAACACAGGAAAAUCCAAAGGCUACGGAUUCGUAACAUUCUGCGAUCAGGAAUCAGCAAGAAAGGCAUGUGCUGAUCCAAACCCAGUAAUAGAUGGAAGAAGAGCAAAUUGUAAUAUUGCUUCUCUAGGAAGGACUCGACCAUCGCCACCCCGAGGAAGGAAUAUAGUUCAAGGUGGAGGAGGAACAGCACAGGCUGGGGGGUCGUACAGUGGUGUUCCGGGAGCAGGACCACCAUCACUGCCACCACCACCUCCUGUUCUGUACCCACCAUAUGGCUAUACAACCUACACUCCUGAUUAUGGAUACCCCCAAGCCACGUUGUACAACCCACAGAUUCAGCAACCACAAUACUAUCAACAACUCUAUGGAACAUCAUCUUCCACCAUGGGCUCACCAUAUUACUAUGGUUAUUCUGUACAAGCACCAAGAAACACAUUUUCUUCACCACAAGCAAAUCGACUAUCACCUGGACCAUCCUAUGUAUACUACCCUACACCCAUGGAAAUCUCUUUCUCUGGAUUUCGUCCACCCCAACAAUCACCAAUAAGCCAACUCUUUCCUUCCCCAAAUGAUUCACAGAGUCAGCAGCGUACCUCUGAAACAGCAGCCGGGGUAGUUGUAACUUCAGAAAGUUCAAAUACCCAAGGGAAGAAUUAAUAAAUACAUAUACCUGCUAAGUUUCAACUGUUAAUCGCAAGUUAAAUUUCAUCACAUUAAUUAUUCAUCUUUU